AAUUUGCUAAAAUAAUGGAGUAGUUACGACUUACGAGAACGAAUUUGUAGGCUCAAAAGACAUUACGUCUUUGUCCGAAACCGAGCGUAGAUCAGCCAUGGCGGCGGCGCGCUCUUUGCCACCUUGGGUGGUGCUGGAUCGCAACGCCUUUCUCCACAAACCGGACGACGAGGAGGAGGAGGACCCGGGGUGGGCAACCAUCAGGUGCGAGACGACGGCCUACGUCACGCUCCGCGCGAACGUCGAGGGCCUGCGCCCCGUCGACGAGCUAGCGCCGUUCGACGACGGCCUGAAGCUGCUCGCGCUCGUCGCCGAUCCCCCCCCGGCCCUCCCGCCUGUCCAUCCGCCUCGACGGCGACCCGGAGGAGGAGGACCGCCGCGGCUUCCGCAGCAGCGUCCUGCUCGCCGACGCCGGGUUCAUCGUGCUCUCCUCCUGCCUCCCCGACACGCGCGGCCACAAAUCCUACCUCGUCUGCGACGUCGCCGCCGCGGACAAUGCCGCCUCGCUCAAGAUGCUCCCGACUCUUCCGAUGAGGUUUCUCCCGUCUGUGACCUACUGCCCGCACCCCGUCCGGCAACAACCCGACGCCGAUGGCGGCGGCUACCUCCUUGCCAUCUUUGCAAUGGACAUGGACGCCGAUGCAGAGGCUGACGGGUAUCUACCGCAAGUCCUCUGCCUUCUGCCGUCAUCGGCACCAUUCGACCGCCGUCGCUGGGGAACCAGAAGGCCAAUCUUCCCCUCCGAGAAGCCAAAGAGUUUCACCGCUCAUCAAACCUUCUCAUUCCAAGGCUCUGCUUACUGGGUGGAUCUUGGACAAGGCAUCCUCUUCUGCAGCUGCCAUGAUCUCAUGUCUGGUACCAACAACAUCAACAACAACGACGACGACGAUUUGCAAUUUGGUUACAUCCAAUUACCCGAUGGUUGCUACGUUGGUUGCGACUCGCUCUAUCUCACUCAUCUGCCGUCACAGUAUCGUGAUAUCCGUUGCAUCAGUGACUCCAUCAGAUUCGUCUCCAUCGAGGGAUACAACACCGAUCCUCCAUACGACAUGCUAUUAUCCAUGUGGGAUUUGACGCCGAGCUCAAGGCAGUGGCACAAGGUUGGUAGUAUCCAUGUUGGGAGCUUGUGGGAGCAGGAGGGGUUCAGGAGAUCAGGGUUGCCGACGAACACGUCGCCGACCCAGCCCAUGUUGAGCAGCGAGGAGGACGGCGUCGUGUAUCUCAUGGCGGGUGAUUUCUACGAGGAGGAUGAGAAGCACAGGAGCCUGCACGUCUUCAGCGUUGACAUGACGACUUGCGAGUUUGUGUCGGCUUGGCGCCUUCCUCCUUGGCGCCAUUCGGGUCCUCCAUCCCUGAUAGGGUCUGAUAUAUUCAAGCACCUCAAGAUGGAUAAUCUCUGUCAGCUUGUUCCACCCAAUACGAGGGCCAAGGUGCUCCCUCGUCCACCAAAGAGGGAUCGAGGUGAAGGCAAUGUGAUUACAGUUCGACCAAGGAAGGUGCAACGAGUUCAUCAUCAAGGGGAAAAUGUCUAAACUUUUUUAGGGAAAAUGUCACCUAAAUUUUCGUGUAAGCAUCAAUAUUUUUUGUACAUGUAUGGCAAGAUAAAGAUCAACAACGUUUUCCACGGAGAGGGGUUAUUCGGACUUUUUUUCAAAGUGUAUUUACAUGGAUAACAGUGGAGACAGGUUA